AUGCCUGACAACUGUGGCCCACAGUUCGCCGUCCCAUCCGUUGCCUCCACCCCAACGGUUGGCUUUGGCUCUACACAGCGUGGCUGGGGAAAUCUUGGCUGCGGGUAUGGAGGUCUUGGCUAUGGAUAUGGAGGUCUUGGCUAUGGCUAUGGAGGUCUUGGCCUGGCACAUGGAGGUCUAGGUUAUGGCCAUGGCUAUGGCCUUGGAUGGGCCCAUGGUCCUGCCAUAGCUGAAACUUCCGGCAGUCUGGGCACCCUGGCUGGAGUCAACCCUUCCUGCAUCAACCAGAUCCCACCCGCAGAAGUCGUGGUCCAGCCACCAGCCGUGGUCAUGACCCUCCCAGGACCCAUCCUCUCUGCCACUGGGGAACCAGUUACUGUGGGAGGCAAUGCUCCAUGUGCCAUUAGCGGCACUGGGGUGGCAGGACUAGGCUCCUAUGGGGGGUUCGGAGGCUAUUAUGGAGGCUGGGGUUCCCGUUUAGGCUUCAGAAGGGGCUCCAUCAUUGGAGGAAAAAUCCUGCCGGGACGUCGUGGCAGCAUCUGUUGA